UCCACUCAGAUUGUUUAGUUAUGCUGAUUAGCUUGCCGUUCAGGGGGACCUAAGGUGAAAGGGGUGAUAAAUAUGAAGAGAAUCAGGCUGGAUGUCCCUCUGAAAUGAAAGGAGGAAAGCCUGCAUCUUUUACAAAAGUGUUGCUAAUUGAAGAAAGGAAAUCAAGAGGAGAAGGAAAAAAACAAAACAAAACAAAAAACAAUGGAGGUAGACUGGAAUUUGAUUCAUCGAGAGGAAGUUUCCCAAGUGAGAGGAGUUGUUCUGCUGAAGAGCACCUGUGACUAUUGGAAUAAAAUCUGGGACUUCCAAGCCAAACCUGAUGAUCUAUUAAUUUCUUCCUAUCCUAAAGCAGGAACAACAUGGCUACAAGAGAUUGUAGAUAUGAUACAGAACAAUGGAGAUGUUGAAAAAACAAGAAGAGCUCCAAUUAAUAUACGAAAUCCUUUCCUUGAAAGGGUAAACCUAUCUUAUGUUGGGCCAGACAGGGCUAAUGAAAUGCCUUCACCAAGAAUCCUAAAAACCCAUCUUCCUGUGCAACUACUGCCUCCAUCCUUUUGGGAAGAAAACUGUAAGAUCAUCUAUGUGGCAAGAAAUGCCAAGGAUAACAUGGUCUCCUUUUUCCAUUUCCAAAGAAUGAAUAAAGGACUUCCAGACCCAGGAAGCUGGCAAGAGUAUUUUCAAACAUUCUUGGAAGGCAAGGGUCUAUGGGGAUCCUGGUACGACCACGUGAAAGGAUGGUGGGAAGCAAAGGACAUUUACCCCAUUCUCUACCUCUUCUAUGAAGACAUUAAGAAAGAUCCCAGGUGUGAAAUUAAGAAGGUGAUGGAAUUCUUGGGGAAGAACCUGGAAGAAAAAGUUUUAGAUAAAAUUAUCCAUUAUACUUCAUUUAAUGUAAUGAAGAAGAAUCCCAUGGCAAACUACACAUCUGAACCCCAAAUGAAUCAUUCUGUGUCCCCAUUCAUGAGGAAAGGUAUGAUUGGAGACUGGAAAAAUUAUUUCACUGUUGCUCAGAAUGAGAGAUUUAAUGAAGAAUAUAGGGAAAAGAUGGCCGAUACUACACUCUCUUUCUCCAUGGAAUACUAAGAAGGAAAAUCUGGGAUUGAGACAAAAUGAUGAAUUUUGUACUCACAGAGUUUUAAAGUUGAAGAAACUGUCAUUAUAUUCUCAUACAACAUACAAUAUUCUCAUAACAGUGGCUAAAAAUAAAUAAAAAUUUAGGCACAUUUCUGAACCCUUUUUAGAAUAGUGGUUCCAUCACCUCACAAACUAUAUUCUUUUUUCAUUCUCUCCUCCAUAGAUAUUUAACAUAAGUGCAAUUCCAUGAUACUAUUCAUGAUAAAAAUUGAA